AUGGCAACAAAUGGAACUAAGGUGGCAGAUGGACAAAUUUCCACGGAAGUCAGUGAAGCUCCUAUCACAAAUGAUAAGCCUAAGACCUUGGUUGUUAAAGUGCAGAAGAAAAGAAAUGAAGAUCCUGAAAGAGACACCUGGAAAGGGAGAUUUGACUUCCUUAUGUCAUGUGUUGGUUAUGCAAUUGGUCUAGGAAAUGUCUGGAGAUUUCCCUACCUCUGUGGAAAGAAUGGAGGCGGGGCAUUUCUUAUCCCCUAUUUCUUAACCCUUAUCUUUGCUGGGGUUCCCUUGUUUAUACUUGAGUGUUCUCUGGGACAAUACACAUCUAUUGGAGGUCUUGGUGUAUGGAGACUCGCGCCAAUGUUUAAAGGUGUGGGGCUGGCUGCUGCUGUUCUCUCCUUCUGGCUAAAUAUUUACUAUAUUGUUAUUAUUGCCUGGGCCAUUUAUUAUUUAUAUAACUCAUUCACUACGGCUCUACCUUGGAAACACUGUGACAAUGCAUGGAACACGGAGCUCUGUUUCUCCAAUUAUAGUUAUGCCAACACCACCAACAUGACUAGCGCUGUGGUUGAGUUUUGGGAACGGAACAUGCACCAGAUGACAGAUGGCUUAGAGAAACCAGGCCAAAUUAGAUGGCCAUUAGCUAUUACAUUGGCUAUUGCAUGGGUGCUUGUCUAUUUUUGCAUCUGGAAAGGAGUUGGCUGGACAGGAAAGGUUGUCUACUUCUCCGCCACUUACCCAUACAUCAUGCUGGUCAUUUUGUUUUUCCGUGGAGUGACUUUACCUGGAGCCAAGGAUGGGAUCCUAUUUUAUAUCACUCCGAAUUUCAGCAAAUUGUCCGAUUCUGGGGUGUGGCUGGAUGCUGCUACCCAAAUCUUCUUCUCGUAUGGACUGGGACUUGGGUCACUAAUUGCCCUUGGAAGUUACAACUCAUUCCACAAUAAUGUUUACAGGGAUUCAAUCAUUGUCUGCUGCAUUAAUUCUGGUACAAGUAUGUUCGCUGGUUUCGUCAUCUUUUCCAUCGUUGGAUUCAUGGCACACGUGACCAAAAGAUCAAUAGCACAAGUGGCAGCUUCAGGACCUGGAUUAGCAUUUUUGGCUUACCCGGAAGCUGUCACACAACUGCCGAUUUCUCCCCUAUGGGCUGUUCUCUUCUUUUCCAUGUUGCUGAUGCUUGGAAUUGACAGUCAGUUCUGUACAGUUGAAGGAUUCAUAACAGCUCUUGUAGACGAAUUUCCAAAGCUGUUGCGCACCCGAAGGGAAAUAUUUAUAGCUGUUGUCUGUGUUGUCUCCUAUCUUAUUGGCUUGUCAAACAUAACUCAGGGUGGCAUUUAUGUGUUCAAACUUUUUGACUAUUAUUCAGCCAGUGGCAUGAGUCUUCUGUUUCUGGUGUUUUUCGAGUGUAUCUCAAUAUCCUGGUGCUACGGUGUUAACCGAUUCUACGAUAACAUUGAAGAAAUGGUUGGUUACAGACCUUGCCUCUGGUGGAAACUUUGCUGGUCUUUCUUUACACCCAUUGUUGUAGCGGGGGUGUUCCUUUUCAGUGCAGUUCAAAUGACUCCUCUAACCAUGGGAAGAUAUGUCUUUCCUGCCUGGGGCCAAGGUGUUGGAUGGUUCAUGGCCUUGUCUUCGAUGGUGCUGAUCCCAGGAUACAUGAUAUAUUUGUUUGUAUCACUAAAAGGAUCGUUAAAACAGCGCUUACAAGUCAUGAUACAGCCAAGUGAUGAUGUUGUCCACUCAGAAAAUGGACCCGAACAGUUGUCAAAGAGUAAUUCAGCAAACAAGGAAGCUUAUAUUUAA